AUGGAAUUGUCAGCAAACGCCCAGCGGGCGCUGGACCAGGUGAAGAUGGGUCUAUAUAUGCUCUACGGAGCCGACUACUUCACCGAGGAAGAAUGGAUCAAGAUUGACGGCUUGAUUCAUAAGGGGAAAUAUGUAUUCACAAACGGACCACCGAGCAAUAUCCUCGAAGAGCCAUUGAUGACAUUCGAAGAGAGCAAGGAGGAGACGGAAUCCCAGGGGCAGGUUCAACCGGUCGAACCUUUAAAAGAGACCAAGGUGAACAACAUAGUGGUGACCGAGGAGCAGGUCUCAUCGCCCUCCUCAGAACAAGCCGAUUCCAUCGAGUCUCGUACGAGAAGUCCCAAUGAGACGUCUGCGGAGACUUCAGAUGAAGAUUCCGGCUUGCCACCACCCCAAAAGGAAGAAACUCCUAUGUUUGACUUUUCCGAGACAGCUACACCAGCUGCAGGCAUACCAGCUGCAGACACAUCAGCCGCAGAUAUACCAGCCGCGGAUACACCAGCCGCGGAUACACCAGCCAAAGUCGAAGCCCAACCAGAACCACGGCCAAGGACCGAGAAUGGUCUUCCACCCGGCUGUACGCAAGAACAGCUUGAUGAGAUCAGGGCUUUCAAUGCGACUCUGACCAAGGCCGGAAAGAAAUCCCGACCCAAAUACAAACCAGAGCCAGUUGAGGAGGAAGAGUAUCCUCCCGCGUGGGGUGAAGAUUUCACAGAACCACCUCCCGCGUGGCCUCAGGAUUUCGCAGAACCAACCGUGGAUGAGCAAUCCUAUGCAUCACCCGCUCCAAACGAACGCGAGGCCCGCAUCAGCUCAUGGGCAAAAGAAGUGUCUGUAGGGCCUCAAAGCCCUCCGCUCCAGGCCCCCACUCCCAGCCGUGCCCCUCCACCGGCUCCGAUUGUCGAAGUCCUCGCCGAGCAGUUCAUCAAAGCCCAUGGCCGGCCGCCCAAGGUUCUCAAUGACUUUUACCAACCCAACAACCCCGAACACAACCCCAAACGCCCGGAUUCCCGAGCAUCUCUCAGGACCAGUAAGACCAGCAAAUCCGCCAAAUCCGUCGCCAAGUCUAUCGUCGAACAGGCCUCUUCAACCAGUAAUGGCAAUCCCCCACCUUCCAAGCAGAGCAUCGAACCCGGCAAAAUCUACACUGCCCAAAGCAGCGUUGCUAAGAAGGGAAUCCGUUUCGAAGUUCGUGCCGGUGAUCAUAUCAAAGUGAUCAAGUACGUAUCUGGAAUCAUGUACAUUGGCGAGAAUCUGCGGUCGAAGGAGCGUGGACAGUUCCCCGAGACGAUCUUCAAGAGAACUGCAGGUGCAACGAAGGGGGACUCGUUGAUUGAGCGGCAGAGGUCGUUGGCUCAGGCCAGAGCAAAUGCCCAGGCGGCUGCCGCUCCCACCAAGCAUGGAUUGGAUGAGGUAGAGAACGUCAAUGCUGCGGAGUGGGACGAGGAAUCCAUCAUCCGCCCAAGGACGACUGCCCCGGUGGCUCCUUCCACCUCAAGUAAGGCGGCAUUGGGCGGUGGGUUGGCUGCAUCAAAAUUCUCUGUCCUUGCGGACUCAGAGACUCAAAGUCAGAACUCAGAUGCGCAACAGCGGGAGUUCACCCCCGAGAUGGCCAGGGAAUUCGGCAAGAUCAUUAAUGACAAGGUCGAUGAGAUCCUCAAAGCUCGCGGAGUGGCGCCCACUCCAAUCCCCACCGGUCCACGUUCCCGCUCCCGUGCUCCUAUCAAGGAACCAUUGAAGCCAGUGCCACCCAAGACAGAAACCUGCUGGUUCUGGUCCGUCAAGAAUGACUGCCGCUUCACCGCCGAAGAAUGCCGUGACCUGCACGCCCACGUGCCAAGUAAACCUGGCGAACCUAGCAACCUUCACAUGGGCAAGCCCACCUGGGGCGCGCUCGCCGACUCCGUCCCCUCGCAGACCCCCUCGCAGACCCCCUCGCAGACCCCCUCGCGCACCUCCUUACUCAACCAGGUCAAUUCCAAAGGCAAGACGUGUUACUACUGGGCCAUCGACGGGAAGUGCACGUAUAGCGCCGAGAACUGCAAAUACCUGCACGAACACCACCCGAGCGGGAUCGCGCCUAAGCCGGGCCGAUCCUGGCGACGCGGCGCCUGGCGCAGAGCCAGCGUCAGCGCGAGCAAGCACGCCGAUGCCAACGAGGCCGAGAGCCAGCUCGACGACAGCGAUGCUGAUGUCGACGGCGAGUUGGUGUUGGAAGAGGUGCAGGAGCAGGACACGGUGCUCGAUGCGUGGGGUCAGCCGGUCGCGCAGAGCACGUGGGCAGGCAGUGCAUGGGGAGAUGACAAGUAUAAACCUCCGCAUGUCAAGGCGCUGGAGGAGAAGAUGCUCAAGGAGGCUGUGGGAUGGUAA